CGGGGUCGCGGGGCACGCGCGAUGCGGGUGUCAUGGCGACCUCCAUGCUUGGUUCCAUCCGCGGCCCAAGUCCUUUGGGUUUGCCCGGGCUGUUCCGUCGUCGGCCGCCUCGGGAUGUGUGGGAGCGUGCGCGGCGGCUCCCGGGACCCUCGGCAGUCCGCCGCAGCGUGGCGGCGACCAGCGGGCCCGGCAUCCCGGGUUCCGACCAUUACUGCCUGGAGCUGCUGAGGAAGCGGGAUUAUGAAAGCUACUUGUGUUCCCUGCUGUUCCCUGCAGGGUGCCGAAGCUCUGUUUCUGCACUGAGGGCCUUCAAUGUGGAACUGGCUCAGGCUGGUUAAGGACUCGGUCUCUGAGAAAACAAUUGGACAGAUGCGAAUGCAGUUCUGGAAAAAAGCUGUGGAAGAUAUGUACUGUGACAACCCACCACACCAGCCUGUGGCCAUCGAACUCUGGAAGGCUGUCAAGAGACACAAUCUAACUAAAAGAUGGCUUUUGAGAAUCGUUGAUGAAAGAGAGAAGAAUCUGGAUGACAAAGCGUAUCGCAGUAUCCAGGAGCUGGAGAACUACGCUGAGAACACGCAGAGCUCUCUUCUGUACUUGACGCUAGAGGUGUUGGGUGUGAAGGAUCUUCACGCAGACCAUGCUGCCAGCCACAUUGGAAAGGCACAAGGCAUUGUCACAUGCUUGAGAGCCACACCCUAUCAUAGUAGCAGGAGAAAAGUGUUUCUGCCCAUGGAUGUCUGUGUGCAGCAUGGUGUUUCACAAGAGGCCUUUCUACGGAGGAACCGGGAUAAAAAUGUGAGAGAUGUGAUAUAUGACAUUGCCAGCCAGGCACACUUGCACCUAAAGCAUGCGAGGUCCUUCCACAGAAGCGUUCCUGCGAGAGCACUUCCUGCUUUUCUUCAGACGGUUACUCUAGAGGACUAUUUGAAGAAAAUCCAGCGAGUGGAUUUUGACAUAUUCCAUCCGUCUUUACAGCAGAAGAAUACACUACUUCCGUUAUCUUUGUAUAUUCAAUCAUGGAGAAAAAGAUACUAAAUAAUUUCAUGUACUGA